AUGUCGCCGUCGCUGUCGCUGCUGACGCCGCAAAGUGGAAUGACUUCCCGUUUGGGCGCUUACGUCUCGCGUUUAUAUUGGCCUGGCGAAUUGCGGCCCGCAGUGCACGACGCGACGGCCAAGCCGUCGGCGGGGCUGCUGAUGUCGGGCAACGUGCUGCUGUACGGCGACUACGACGCGUGCCUGUGGCGCGCGCGCGAGCCGUCGGGCGCCGUGCAGCCGCGCUACUGCCUGGCGCGCCUGCAGCCCGAGCUGGCGGACGCCGCGGCCACGGGCGCGCGCUCCCCGCGCCUCGCCGCCGCCUGGCAUCGCUUCCGCUCCCUGGACGUCCUGCGCUCCAACAUCGACGACCCGGGCCACCGCAUCCCGAGGAUCAGCGCCGUGCAGUGGGGGCUGUGCGUGCCCGCCGGCUGCUCAGCCGACGACGUGCGCGCGGCGCUGGACCACCGCCUGCAGCCUCUCGCUGCCGCCGCCGGCCUGCGCCUGGCCGUGCGCGUCGCCCCCGACGACUGCCAGACCACGCCCACCUGGUGGCCCACCCCCGCCUUCACCGCCGGCGUGUUGAUAUUUGGAACCCUCCUAAUAACGUGCAUUGUAGCCACUAACGUGGGUGAGAUGUGGUCGGUGCUGGCGCGCGGGGCCAGCCUGUACACGGACCCGUUCCUGCUGCUGAGCGGCCUGCUCUCCACGCACGCACUGCUGCGCACCCUGGACCGCGACGGCCGCCUCCACUGGCCGCGCGAGUACGCCUCUCGUGUGCUCAGGUUGCUGCCUUCUCUAGCAGCUCUUAUUAUGUGGUGCACGUUGGUGUUGCCCUGGCUAGGAUCGGGUCCUCAUUGGAACCUGGUGGUGCGCAAGCACGCUGAACUCUGCAAGACCACUUGGUGGCGCAACAUGCUCUUCAUCCACAAUUACUACGGCUUCGAGAACAUGUGCCUGGACCCACACGCACCAACGUCGGCACGACACGCAGCUGUUCCGCUGGGCGCGCGCUGGCGUGGCUGCUAUGGAAGCGGCGGCCGGGCGUGGGGCGCCACAGUGGCCCUGGCGGCCGCUCCGCGGCUACUUUCCGCGUCACCGCGCGCGCGCCUCACCAGACUUCUGCACUGGGCGUCUCGUGUAAUUGGUAGAGUUCUGUGUUGGCCAGGUUUCCAAGUGACUACUCGCCUCUCGUAUGCUCUGUAUCUCGUUCAGUUUCCCGUUUUCUUCUACAACGUUGGCAGCGCGCGCACAGAUAUUACAUACAGUUUCUUCCUGUUGUUCAACUUUCUUGAAUUUGGAAGCAUCAUGCUAGCAUCCAUAGCACUAACCAUCUUCGUGGACUUGCCCGCGCAGCAUGUUCGAUCCUUGCUGCUCCGAAACAAGAGGAUCAGUGACACCACAUCCGACAGGAACACAGUACCACCAUCCACAUCAUCGAAAGCAGCAGACUAGUUUGCUCCUCUUCUUACUAGGAAGAGUAUAAUGAUGGAUGGACUUUGUUGUUUGUGUGAUCGUGAGAGAACGUGUACAGGAGUGGACUGACCAUUAUUUUCCUACGAUGUGUGUUCGAAUGUUGAACAUGAACAUCUGUGGCCAUUACAAGUACGGACGGUGCCCGCAGGAAGGAAUCUUCAUGUGUCCAUGGAGUUUUCAUCUUAUGAUUCGUUUAGAAUUUGCCCGGCUUCCUUGAGAGACCGACAGAGCUCGUCUGAGGGCCAUAUACGGCAUGUUUAGACCUCCGAAAGAUCUAAUUCAGGUCUGCCCAACUAGCUUCAGAAGAGCGCCAGCGCUUGUGGUAAUUUGGAGUUCCGCGGGGAGAGGGUCGCUUGUGAUGGGGAGAGAGGGUAGAGUAGGCAGCGCCUUUUGACGAAAGGGCAAGCAAAUGGCUAUCAGAAUGAUUUGACGCACGCGACUUGUAUCGCUUACCUCAUGACAAAUUCCCAGAGAGGGGAAGCUGUGAAUGGGGCGCAAUGAACGCUUUGGACAUUCAUAAGUUCAUUUUCUUAAUUAUACAAAGGGUUAAAUAUUAAUUUAGGUGUAUACAAAGAACAUACAAACUUAAUAAGUUAUUAAAGCAUUGUUUAUUUUUUUACUAUUGCCGAAUAAGUCAGUAAAAAGCCAAAUAAAAAACAUGCAAACAGUUAUUUUCAUC